AUGGUGGGAGCUGGUGGAAGGAAAGGAGGAGAACCAAGGAAGAAGUCCGUCACAAGAUCCGUUAGAGCGGGACUUCAGUUCCCCGUCGGAAGAAUCGGCCGGUUUUUGAAGAAAGGUAGAUACGCUCAGCGUGUUGGUACUGGUGCUCCUGUUUACCUAGCCGCUGUUCUCGAGUAUCUUGCCGCUGAGGUUCUUGAGUUGGCUGGAAAUGCAGCACGUGAUAACAAGAAGAACAGAAUUAGUCCAAGGCAUUUGUUGUUGGCAGUAAGGAAUGAUGAAGAGCUUGGAAAAUUGCUUGCUGGUGUUACCAUUGCUCAUGGCGGUGUUCUUCCUAAUAUCAAUCCUGUUCUUCUGCCUAAGAGGGCUGAGAAUGCUUCUACUACUACUAAAUCGCCUAAAUCGCCAUCGAAGGCCAGGAAAUCUCCAAAGAAAGCUUAG